UCUGUAGUUUCUCUUGAGCGCAGCAGCGGCAGGAGGAAGGAGAGAGAGAAAGAGAGAGAGAGAGUUAGAGGAGAGAGAGAGAGAUUCACCUCCAACAUGGACUGAGACCUGAGAACUGCUCCUAGAUCAGCCGGGACUUCACCUCUGUCACAUCUCCGAGCGACUCGUGGUGACGGUCACGCAAUUCAAAUCGGACUGUGAAGUCCAGUUUCCGCCCUCGUCCUCUUCCUCAUGCAAUGACGAAGAAUGACACGUGGCCAGGCGGCGUUGCCAUGGAUUCGUUGAGCAAUAUGGACAGUGCUGGGAGCUGCGAGAGUGUAAUCAGCAUGAACUCUGGCUAUAGUGAAGACAGCAUGGAGCACUUAUCUGCAGAGGAGAGAGCGUGUCUCAUGUAUCUGGAGCAAACCAUCGAGGCGCUGGAGGUGCAGGAGGACAGCGGCUUCUCCAACGAUGAACCAGACGCUGGGUUUCAGGCAGACAAAAUGGGUCAGACCAACGUUAAUGACAUUCUCAGUAUCAAGCCGGAUCAUGAACCAGCGUCGCUGACAUCAUCUCUGGAUGUCAUGGCUCCACCCACUGGUUCUCCAAUCCCCCCAUCGGCUCCACAGCCUGAGGCUCUGUGCGUUACCACAGAUGAAGAUGGUCAUCCUAAGAUUGUUACCAGUUCAGAGCUUCACGAAGUUCAGGCCAAUGUCAAAGAUCUGGUUCUGAUCCCACCCCCCUCAGACUUCAUGGACAGACCACGCCCUGUUGUGCACCUGGACAAAGCCAGGGACCUUGCUCCUUCUGCAAGGACUUCCGCUCACAAGCCGCGAGGAUCUAUCGACUUAGAACAACUGCGUCAGAGGGCAACUGCAAAGAGAACUUCAGGAAGCUUCUCUACGACCAAGGAAAGUCCAGACAUGCCCCAACCUGAAGGGUUGGGGUUGAGUCAACCAGACGUCACCUCUAGUCCCCAGAUAGGUCCUCCUCCCGAUGCUCCUGGUCCCCACAUGAGUCCUCCUCCCAAUGUUCCUGGUCCCCACAUGAGUCCUCUUCCGGAUGCUCCUGGUCCCCACAUUAGUCCUCCUCCUGAUCCUCCUGGUCCCCCCAUGAGUCCUCCUCCCGAUCCUCCUGGUCCCCACAUGAGUCCUCCUACUGAUGCUCCUGGUCCCCACAUGAGUCCUCCUACUGAUGCUCCUGGUCCCCACAUGAGUCCUCCUCCUGAUGCUCCUGGUCCCCACAUGAGUCCUCCUCCUGAUGUUCCUGGUCCCCACACGAGUCCUCCUCCCGAUGUUGCUGGUCCCCACAUGAGUCCUCCUCAUGAUGCUACUGGUCCCUACUUGAGUCCUCGUCCCGAUGCUGCUGAGCCCAGAAGUCCACCUGCUGUGGCCCCUAAGCCCAAAAAGCUUCCUGCCAACAUUAUCCUGAAGUCACACAAGGCGUCAGCGUCUGAUGGUGGCUCGGGACAUUACGUGGCCUCCAGCAGCGACCGGGUGUUGGACCCAGUCCGCUACGAGGCUCUCCGAAAGCUCGGCCUGCUAAAAGGUGACGAGGCGGAUCCAGGUCCUACCCUGAGCCCCAGACUGUCUCCCAAAUCUAGAAGCUCCUGGGGAGCGCCUCCUUCUCCACUCAGCCCCGCAGCCCCACACAAACAGCACUUCACACCAUCUAACACCCAUGUCACCAGCCCACCUCCAGUCUCCGCCCCCCAACUGCCUCCAACUUUCGUGCCACCAUCAGUUCAGGUUCCAGAUGUUCUGCCAGCACCUGAUGCUUUCUGUGACUCCCUCGAACCUCUGACGUCAGGUAAUCAACCUUCUGCUGCCGUCGGUGUUUCCGAGGCUGAUGUUCACACACAGGAGAAAACGCCUCAUCCAACCCCACUUAAAUCAACCCCACCCAGGAUCAUAGGGGUCAAAUCGGCCACCCUGGAGCGCUCCGGCCUGGGUCUCAGCAACUCUUUCAAAGAGGAAGGCUCCAGCGAGGACGGCGACCUGAGCCCCAGUCAGCUGCGGAACAAUCGGCCCCGCCCAGCGUCCCUGGGCAGCGGGAAGGAGUUUUCAAGCACUCUGGGAGAGGCGGUCACCCGUCAGGAGCCCGGAUACCGGAGGUCCCUGCAGGUCCCUCGGAGGUCCCUGCCGGCCCCCACCACCCAUCAGCACUCCAGAGACUCUCAGAAGCUGCCUCGAUCCCAAGGCAUCAGUGUGCUGAUCUGCCCCCAUCCAGAAAGUGAGGAGAGCCGCCGCCAGGCCCUGAGGAAGCUGGGGCUCCUCAGGGACUGAAGCCUCGGACACGUCGUCUCCUCGUCUCCCUGCAGACUCUCUUUCACACGCGUGACGAAGGCGUCGCAAACCUCUCGGGAAGCAGCUCUACUACAUAUUUAUGCUUGAACCUUGACCUGAAAACUGUCAUUCCAUCUUCUUACGUCCCCUUGUUACUGAUAUUGUACAGUGUUUUUAUUUCUCCUUCAUUUGGCAAGAACUGUUUGGAUAUUCCUGAGUCUCUCACUGUCCCUCUGGUGUUUCUUUGUAAAUUAAAUGCUGUUACUGUCAAAGAGGCAA